CGGGAACUGCUGGGAAAAUCUAGCAACAUGCAAUUAGUCAAGCGCGCACUCUCCAUGAAGGCCUCCGACGCCGACGUUCUCGCCUCAUCCUUCACCACGUUUCGGCGGGAGGAAUUCUGGACCGCGCAACCUGUACCUUGGGAAAUAAUCUUACAUGACCAAGAACCGCCAGCAUAUGUUUUUCCGGAGCCGGACUUGCUAUGGACCUUGGUCGCAGUGUACUUCGAAAGAGUCAAUUGCCUGGCGCCCAUUCUUCAUAGGCCUACCUUCGAAGCAGGUGUCCGGGAAGGACGCCAUUUGCGAGACAGGCCAUUUGCUUCUGUAAUGUUGAUGGUUUGUGCUGUCGCAUCUCGCCAGACGGAUGAUACACGGGUGCUUCUUGAAGGGUCAAAUACCUUCAGAUCCGCCGGGUGGAAGUGGUUCAACCAGGUCCAGAUGAUUAAUAAGUCAAUCCUAGCUUGUCCGACAUUAUAUGAUCUACAGCUGCGCUGUCUGUAUGGGCUAUAUCUGCCUGGCUCGUCUGUCCCUCAGGCGGCGUGGAGUGCUGUUGGCCAGGGCCUGCAAAUGGCUCAAGAUGUUGGUGCUCAUCAAAAGAGGUUCUAUGGUAACCGAGUAACCCUGCUAGCAGAGCUGUGGAAACGCGCUUUCUGGCACGUAUUGAUUAUCGCAUUGUAUCGGUCCUGUCUUUCUCACAACUCUGAUUCUUAG